UUCUUAGGUAUAUUUAAAGUGUAUUACAAGCAUUCCUAACCAAAGAAAAUGUCCACUUCAGCUUUGGCAUCUUUAACAGCUACCUACACCGAUUCAGAGGGUGAAAACGAGAACGACGAUGAAGAAAACCCAAACGAGGGCUCCGUUACGCAAAAAUCCCCGUCUGGUUCCGCCUCUGACAACAAAUCCACCAACUCAUCUCGACCAAGUAGCCCAACACAAGUACGAGUGACAAGUCGAGUGGCAAAACUGGUUUCGUACCAUGACGAUACCAUCGCGAGCGAUGACGAUGCCGAAAUGGACGAGGCGGUGCCCCACGAAGUCAUAAUGAUGACUGAGAGUGAAGAAACGAUGGAAGGUGGUGAUAUGCUUGAGGAAGAUGGGGAAUUGAUACCCCCCGAGCCCCCGGGGCACUGCUCCAUCGAGUUGCAGGAUAAAAUCGCCAAGUUGCACGAAAAAAUGCAGACGCAGAAGCUGGAUAUGAAUAUGAUCAUACAAAAACGUAAGGAUUUCAGAAAUCCCAGCAUCUACGAGAAGCUCAUACAGUUCUGUCAGUUGAACGAAUUAGGUACAAACUAUCCCCCAGUAUUGUACGACCCCCUUAAGUGGAGUAAGGAAUCAUACUAUGAAGAUCUGGCCAAAGUACAAAAAGCUGAGAUGGAUAAGAGGGAAAAAGAGCGCAAAACAAAAGCGGAUUUAAUGACGAGUGCGAAAAAUAAGUACGACGAAGAGAAAAAACGGAAAAGUAAAUGGGAUCAGCCAGGAGGGGGGGGUUUGGCUUCACAAAGUAUCAAACCUGCCGGUUUGGUUCAACCAUCCCUAACAAACAGUGCCACUGGUACUAAAAGUACGGUUAUAUCUGCUUUCGGUUCUCUACCAAAAAAACCCAGGCCAUAGAUUAAUGUUGUUAAUAUUAGAGAAUUAAGAUAUAAGGUUUAAGUUAAAUAAAUUAUUUUGGAAU